AACCCAGGGUGCUGCUUUUUCUCUUCGUAGCAGAGACAGUCCUUAGCAGGUGUGUGCCAUGUCCUCUGGUUGUGCACAUCCCUCAUCUCAAGGGGAGGCUGUGGCAGAAGCUGAAACUCACCUGGGAACAUCAGAACUUUUGAAUCCUCUUGGGAAACAUGAAAACAAAGAAUUACUUUUUAAAUAUCUUUCAGGACAGUUGACGCAUUCCUGGGAAAAGCUGUUUGUUUUUUUUUUUUUUUUCUGCAAGUUUAGAGUCUGCAUUCUCUGGGAUUUUAAAUAUAUAUAAAAUGAAAAUUGUUUAAAAUCUACCCUUCAAAAUGAAUGUUGAAAAGUCAGAUGACAAAGCAAAGAAUGGCCUGAAGUCUUCCUUACUUAUAAGGGAUGAAAAUGGAAAUAACUACGCAUGUGACAGAACUACACCUUCCUCAAAGAAUUGUGCUACCAAGAUACAUGGUGACCAAAAUACAGUGACUGAGCAUGAAGAUGAUACCGGUUUUGAAAAUGAGAUUGACUUUAGAAGUAUUCUUUUAAAACAGCAGUGUAUUGAAGCACUUCAUCUACAGAAGACACCUGGUGAACACAACUGCGCAGGAGCUCUGCUGGGAGAUGGAGGCGCUGCAUGCGAGUCUUCUGUGACCGAACAGAAUUGUGUGUAUCCUUCAAACUGUGACUUGAAAGAAGCAACAAACUUACUAAAAGGCAACGUUGCUACCGCAAAGAUGCAAAAUCAGAGUAUUGAACAAUCAGUGCCUUACAGCCAGGCGGACUCCCAGUGUGUAUUACCUCUUCCUGCUUCAGAGCAGAACGCCUGGUCCCUGAUAAAGGACACGGCACAAUGCCCCCUGAGCACGUUGGAUGUCACUAACGUUAUCAGUGAAACUCUGGAAACUGAUCAAAACGAUGACAUGAAUCUGAGGGAAAUGCUAAUCUCUUCUGAAGUGUGUACGAGAGGGAAAUUUGAUAGAACUGGCUCAGAAGGAACAGUUAAUUUCUCCUCUGCAACAGUGGCUUCAGAAAGCCCAGAUGCCUAUUCUGAACUUGAAGUAUAUUGUCCUGCCUCGGCAGGUGUUGAACAGUAUCUAAAAAACACUGACAAGACUGAUAAAGAAUCACAUGAAACAGAAGCACAGUCUGUAAAACCAGCUGCUGGAUAUAUAGAUCCUUAUAGGCGAGAUACAUUAUCACCGUGCAUUAAUAGUCACGAAGAUGACCAAGUGAAAUCCUUGCAGGAUACCCCUGACCAUCAUGAAACUGGGAAUUCCAAUGCUGAAACAUGCAUGGAUAGUCCUGUAAAUCAUGCACACCUUCUCCUGGUAGAUAAAAUGGAUGGAGAACAAGUAUCAGAGAAAACCAGUGAACCCUUAACCAAAGAACAAAGUACCUCUGGAAGUGCUGCUCAUCAGAAUAUGCACAACACCACUUUCAUAUCUCGCAGUGUACCAAAAAAGAGGCCUGUUAUACCUGACCUGAAGUGCGAAGCAACUUUUGUGGUCUUCAGUCCUAUGGCUGACGAAAGCGAUUCUGCUCUAUGUACUUCAACCCCUAAAGAACGAUCAAAAAAUACAACUUUUUCUGUUCCGGCUUUGGCAGAAUUUGGAGACAAGUCUCCUAACCUAAGACCAAACAAGGCGUUUGUAGGAGGACAUAAUAGAAGGCCUUUGAUUAAAGCUAGUUCAGGUCAAAAUGCAGGAAAACCAGUGGGCAGGUCUCCUGUUGUGUCAACGAUAACCAAAGCGAAGAAAUCUGAGAUUGUUAGCUUUCCCAAACCUAAUUUCAAAAAUGUUAAGCCAAAGGUUAUGUCUAGGCCUGUGCUACAGUCAAGAGAGAGCACAGGAUUAAAACAGUCUCCCCAGUCCCCCCAGCUAUCAGCUGCCUCAUCACCUUCGCUGGUUGCUUCCCCGAGGCAAUUGUCCCCCUCUGUGAAAGUGCUGAGAAAGAAAAUAGAUCUAGCUAAAGAUACUAAAGUGGAAUUGCCUGUGAAUAAGCCCCAUAAGCUACAUCUUAACAAACACCUCUUCUCUAGCCAAGUCGUACAUGCCACAACACAUCCUAGAAACGCUUCCCACAAGGCUUCAAAGACACCUGCACUAAGGCAGAAUCCGGAAGAUGUUGGCAAAGCGAGCUCUACCCAUUCGGCAUGCUCUUCGGUUUCUGCUGCCCUUCCAAUGUGCGUGGAGAAUUCGAAAGAGAUGCUGGACGAUAAAAUGGAAAGUUCAAACUCUUUAAUGCAGCCCUGUGCUCAAAACAUCUACGCCACCGGAGGUGAGAAAGAGGAAAGCAGCAACAUGGGAAUUCUUCUGGAAGCAACUGCGGUAAAAGAUGUGGCAAAGGAAACGUUUGACCUGCACUCAGUUCCUUUAAUGCCUUCUGUGAAAGAUGGGACGACACAAGGGAAAAACACACUGAAGAAAGACCCAAUCACACUACAAAGUGUUUCAACUACCAAGGUUAAAAUGAUGCCAUCUGUGUUACCCUUGAAGAAAGGAUGUGAAAAUAAAACUAUCAGCACAACUAAAGCACCUUCUCACAAAGGAGCUGUUCUGUCAUCAAGCUCUGGUACAGGUUCUUUGCCAAGAGAGAAGCAAGCCUCCGUGAAAAAUUCUCCAGUCUCCUGGGCUAGCUCCGGUAAAUCGCUCACCAAAUCCAAAGUGCCUGUCAAAGGUCUUCAGAGAACACCUAGCAUCUCGUCGGUCAGCAGCACUCAGAGCGAGCAAAGUCUUUUCAGCACCACAGUCAUCAUCAAGAAUGGAGAAUGGCCUUCAAAACCAGCCUGCCAGAAUGGUACUCCGGGAUCUGUCCCUUUGAAAGCAGCGCCGAGACCUAGAUUACACUCGUUGAAGCCAACUCCAAAAGGAGCCAAGGCCAGGUCUGCUUCACUGAACCAGUGCGUACCGAAAUCAUGUGGGCCGCUGCACUCGGCAAGAAAAGUCAGCGAGGCUAGAGGUAUUCCUGGAAGAAAUGGACACCAAAGGCUAUUUUCUUUGGGUUCUGUUGACAAGGGCAAGCAGCGGAGUCCCAAGAGCUCGUGUGUCCAGGCUCAAGCCUCCACGGGCACGCAUUCGCCUGGCACAAAACCAGCCGAGCUGACACAGUACAAAACAAAAUGCGAGGCCCAAAGUGGAAUCAUCCUGCAGCUGAAGAAGUUCCUGACAAGCAGUAACCAGAAGUUUGAAGCGCUAACGGUUGUCAUCCAGCACCUGCAGUCUGAGAGGGAGGAAGCGCUGAAACAGCGUAAAGAGUUAUCUCAAGAACUAGUUAACCUUCGAGGAGAACUAGUAAGCACUUCUGCAGCUUGUGAGAAAUUGGAGAGAGACAGGAAUGAACUGCAAGUUGCUUAUGAAGGGUUUCUGCAGAAGUUAAACCAGCAACAUCACAAUGAUUUAGCUGAGCUGGAGGAGAGGCUUAAACAGUUUUACACUGCAGAAUGUGAGAAACUCCAAAGUAUCUGCAUCGAAGAAGCUGAAAAGUACAAAGCGCAACUCCAGGAGCAGGUGGACAACUUAAAUAUCACACAUGAAAACUUUAAGCUGGAACUUGAAAACAGCCACUCGGAAAAAGUAGAGGAGCUGAAAAAGGAGUAUGAAUCCUCUUUUUCAGAGCUCAAGAGUGCCCAUGAAUCUGAAAGGAAGUCCCUUGAAGAUUCCUUUAAAGAGAAGCAGGAGUUGCUAGAGAAAAAAAUUGAUGAAUUGAAAUGUGAAAAUGACUCUCUGAGUGAGAAGUUGAAACUAGAAGAGCAAAAACAAAUAGCCAAAGAAAAAGCCAAUCUUAAAAACCCGCAGAUUAUGUAUCUGGAACAGGAGCUGGAAAGUCUGAAAGCGGUGCUGGAGAUCAAGAACGAGAAGCUCCAUCAGCAGGAUAUAAAGCUAAUGAAGAUGGAAAAACUGCUGGAGAACAACACAAUCUUAAUGGAUAAAUUAAAGAAGGUUCAGCAAGAAAAUGAAGAAUUAAAAGCUCGGAUGGACAAACACGUGGAGCUUUCAAGGCAACUUUCUACGGAGCAAGCUGUUUUACAGGAGUCACUAGAGAAAGAAUCAAAAGUAAACAAACGCCUGUCAAUGGAAAACGAAGAACUUCUGUGGAAGUUGCACAACGGCGACCUAUGCAGCCCCAGAAAACUGUCUCCCAGUUCUCCAUCCGUGCCUCUUCAGUCCCCACGAAAUUCUGGUAACUUCUCUAGUCCCACAGUGUCACCAAGAUGACACCUCUUGAGAGAAAGCAGGGAUUGCAUUUCAUUUGUGAUCUGCAGAACUGAUCCUAACUUUUAAUCACCGGAGCAAAGAGCUAUAUUAGCUGACUAUGACGACUAAACAUAACUGGAAACUCUUUGGUGCAAAAAUGGCGAUAAGAGACUGAGAACGUGGGAGUAAGACGCUCAUGUUGCUCCUCCCAGAAAGACUUGUUUAUGACCUCUACGGACAUUGUUGCACAAAGCACUUACAGAGCAAGGAAAGACUUGUUCAUUGCCUUUUCACCUAACUAUAAGAAAAAGCUCAGGGGCUUAGAGAUAAAGAUCACAACCUUUAUAAUAUGUUCCUUAUCACCGACACUUUUUUUUUAAGGCUGUGUGUAUGUGUGCGUGCGUGUGCUGUGGAUGGAAUGGAUGUAACACACUGUGCGUGUGUCUAAAUGCUGCCUUCUUUGCUGUGUACGUAAUAAAGGAUAAAAGCUGAAGACUAUACAUCGACAUGUACUUCCUUAAUAAUGCUGUCAGUCUGCACGCUUUUAGCAAAGAGUACCCUCCCCUGGGAAUGAGGAGAAACUGCCACCACAACCAUAGGUUAGUUUCCUUCAUCUUUCUGCCUUCAGUUCAGUUAAAAAAAAAAACCAGCAUGGAAAGCUUUGUCAACUGAUUCAUUGGUGUUUUGGCUGACCUGAGUAUGCAACAUGGAAUUAGUUUUUAAAACAAACUGGACUGCAGCCAUAUUUUGCAUGGAUUCUUGGUUUAAUAUCCAUGCACAGCUCUGCCAUUUGAGAAGUUUUUUGCAGGAUACGGUGGAUUUUGGCUUUCAAGUCAACAGGGUCGUGAUCAGAACCACGGUAGCCCUCAAAGUCAGAAGUUACUAGUUGAGUUGCAGGUUUAGGAACGUAGACCUUACCUGCUGAAAAGGAAUCACUUGCUUCCCCAGAACAGUAUGCCCAUGGCUGAGGCCGUCUGCUGAGGAUAAACUCUAGAUGUAGAUUUGAAAGCCAAAGAGAAAAAUGCAAUAAUUGUCAUUGGGUGCAUUCUUCACUCAGUUCUCAAGAAGAAUCUUAAGUAAGUAAUUUGUGAAUUCCAGUGUAUCUGGUGACACACUUUGCCUUUUUAAGCGUUAGCAUUUGUAUUAACAUUCUUCAGGGUUGGCUAAAUUCACCUGAGGAAGAGGGGGAAGGUGGUAGCUGUGUAUUUAUCUUGCUAAUUCUGCCAUACCUUCCCUCCGAGACUGCAGGAUAGCAGUGUUUUGCCAGUUCAUUUGGCAGUAGAUCCUGUACAAGAGAUUCUGUAAAGCAGGGGGAAAAAAUAUUGUCCUGGCUCCUGGAACUGGAGGCUGAGGGUGUCAGCACUUCUGGAAAUGUCGUAUGCUGAGCUUCGGCUUCAACAAGGUAAUCACGUAGUCUUGCUUCACCCUUGGUCAGACCUGUUUAAUAUCUCUACAUUGUACCUAUUAAACACAGGUUCAAUUUCAAAUUAGUAUUACAAAACACCAUCUAGGCUCGUAAUAGCUUGGGUUUGCAGUCCCACUUCCAGGAUGGUUGUGAUACUACUGUUUAGCUAAUGCUGUUAGCUAGCUAUGCAGGUAACUUACGGUGAAUUGUAUCUGCUGAGUUUCCCGGUGUUUUCCUGUUGCCUGGGGACAGGAAUCAAGGGGGUGGAAAGUGUUUAGGGAACUCAGCUGGAGAACCACUUCAAACUACUUUACCCAAGACUUGAAAAAUCUUGGCUAGUAAUAAGGAAUGCAGACAUAUAAAAAAGACUGUUAACAGUGCUCAUACAGUAAAGUAAACUUGUAAUAUACUUAAACUUGUGAUUGACUAUUUCAUCAAUAAAUAUAUUUAAUUUUCCACAA